AUGCCCAAUCUUUAUUUCUGGGGCUUUAUUGAAAAUGAAUCUAACAUUAUUACAGAUGAAACGAGAACCAUUUAUAGACAGAGUAAUUCAAAAUUUUUAUGUUUUUGUAAUAAACAAUUUGAAACAACCAAUGGUUUCCAUCAUCACUAUCGAAGAAAUAAUUGUGAAGACACAAGUAGUGUACAAGCGAGCAUUCAUGAAAAUCCAGAGGAUACGGAAAAUCUAGCUAACAUGAGUGAGACAUCAUUAAGCCAAGUAAAGAACAUAGAAGUUCCUGAUAACCCUUUGGAUACAGUUAGUUUUGCUUCCGGAGUUUCAGAGAGGAUUAAGCUAUUAACGACUAGAUCCUUUGAUGUCUUCGAUAACUGUUUUAAAAAAAUGAAAGAAGAUAAGAAAUGGAAAUUACGCUCAGAAAGAGUAGUUGAAGAUAUUCUUUAUUCCUAUGGAUCUGAUUUAGAACGAGAGAACCUUUUUACUGAUGACGAAUGGGCAGAAAUUACAAGUGAAGGCAAUAAAAAAGAUGUUGCUUUAUCAGAAGAAAUACGUUCAUUAUUGGAAGGCAUGAACAAGCCUACAGUAAAUGAAAUAAGAAAGGAAAUUUUCAAGUAUGCUGAUAUUCGAUACAAUAAUUAUUCAAAAGACAAGAGUUUUCAUAUUGAUAAAAUAUGUUAUGCUAUUGAGACCUUGAUGAAUCAUGGUAUAAUAGCCAUAUAUGGGCCCCAUUUAUCGAUAGCUUCUAUGAUAUUGAUAGCAUUAAUUGCGAAUGGCCCGGCAAGUACCUACAGUCGCAAAAGGAAGCGAGCAACGCAAGAUGAGUUUGAUAGAGAGGAAACAGGAUCAAAACUGGAUAUGUCGAUUUGUCUCGUAUCUGAUGGAAGUAAAAUAUUAGAGUUUGGUGCGUGCGAGGCAGCUUCAUUCUAUGGUGGGCCUACUGAUAGAAAAUACUUCCAUGAAUCGAAGAUUAAGCUUCCAAAAAUGCUGAAAGAUAUGUUACUUAACUUGUGCGAGUAUAGUGAUUGGGACAUAGAAAAGAUGAAGUAUAUCGAAGUAGUAGGUUGCGUCCAAAGUGGUGGUAUGAUAUUUGCAACUGCAGGCAUGUAUGUAGCUGAUUAUUUAGAAGAAAAAAAGCCAGCAAAUGAAUUAGAAAAACAAGAACUUGAAUUAAUGUCUCCUAUUGUUGUCGUAGAUCAUCAAAAAAAUAUUAAAUAAAACUUAAUGUAUACAUGGGUGCCCUUUUAUUAUAUAUAAUUU